UUAACGUGUUCGGCCCCAAACUAAUCUCUCCAAUCAAAACGUUAGUAGGUUAGAUCUUUAAGAUUCUACUUCCUCUCCCCGGCAGGAGGAGCACCUCCCUCUGGACCCGUCCUCCCUUUGCAAACGGCGGCGCGCACCAUCGCCCGCUCCCGUGACGCAGCGCAUCCCCGUGCUGCACAGAUGCCGGAGUGGAAGCGACAGGCGCGCUCAUCCAAACGCAUCGAACACAGGGGACGUGGAAGAAGAUCGUCCGAUUUGCGUCCGUCUAAGAGCUCCAGACCGCGGGGAACGAUGCUCGGAACAAGUCGCUCGGUGGGAAGCAGGACUUAAAAAGCUGCGGAACACUUUUAUCUGUAUUCUCUCUUUUCCCCCACUCCGAUAAUAAUCAAGAUUCCGGGCAGUCGCCGUCCAGUUUUCUCGAUCACUGAGAAUUUAGUUCCAGUUUCACGACAGGUCGGUGUUUCGUUUGGACACGAUGUGGAAGCCGGGAACCCUCCUCCUGCUGUUGCUGUGGCUGGCAUCCGGCGAACUCCAGCAAGAGACGGAGCCGCGGAGACUCCCACCCCCAGGAAAGUUGAAUUUCGGCUAUGUGCCAGCGGGAGUUUACGAGACGCUGGCCCAUUACGAACCUGGACCGAUAGGGAUUCUGUUCCACAUGGUCCAUGCUUUCCUGUAUGCGGUACAACCCAACGCUUUUCCACACGAUCUUAUUGUCAAACUGGCAAAGGACAAGUUUGGAGCCAUUCAGACGGAAUAUCAAAAGCCAGAGAACAUAGUGCUGACCCUUCAGGCCAUCUACUACGAGAUAGGCUUCCUAGUUUGUGCAGCAGUGGGCCUGCUCUUUACCAUUCUGAUGCCAAUAGCCGGGCUCUUCUUCUGCAUGUGCCGCUGCUGUGACAACUGUGGUGGUGAGAUGCACCAACGCCAGAGGAAGAAUGCAGACUGCCGGCGUGGCCUCCUGGGAACGCUGCUCUUCUCCACCUCACUGGUCAUCACGAUUGGAGUGCUGUGUGCGUAUGCCGCCAACCAGAACCUGAGCUCUCAGGUGAAGAACGUACGGAGACUGGUCAACAGCAACAUGAGGGAUCUGCACACCUUUGCUAACGACACACCGAUGCAAAUUGAAUACCUAAUAUCCCAGUAUGCCACGGCCAAGAACAAAGUCAUCUAUGACCUAGAUAACAUAGGUCCAUUAUUGGGUGGAAGAAUACAUGAUCAGUUGGAUAAGGAGGUCCGUCCUGCCUUGGACCAAGUUCUCAAUAUGGCUGGAGUGAAAAUCGAGAGGGCCAUUAAAGCCAUGCGAGAAACCAAGGAGGCCUUGGAGAGCGUUAAUGCAUCUCUGGAGGUGCUUCAGGAUGGAACAGGGAAACUGAGCCUAAACCUGGGCCAAGUCCGGACCAGCAUCAACCACACCCUAAAUGACACUGACUGCCAUGAUGAAGACUCGGAUGCUACCACAGCCCAGCUAUGCCGCAACAUUCGCCAGUCGUUGUCCCAGCUGCAGAUCAGCUCAAAUUUCACACGGCUACCCGAUGUGAAUGCACAGCUGGAAAAGAUGAACGAUGUAUUGAAAACAGACCUCAGCGCUGUCGUUCAGAGGGGCUUCUCCUCUUUGAAUGACACGCCGCAUAUGGUGAUUGAACAGACCAGAAGUGUUGUUGAGAGUGUAACAAAUUUGGUGGAUAGCAUUGGCAAUAACAUCAGCAGCUUUUCCAAGGCAUUCCCAGUGCAGAGCUGCCUGUCCAACUUCACCAUCUUCAUUAACCAUGUGCACGCCAAGAUUGAAGACUACUACCCAGAAAUUGACAAAAUGGACUUCUACAGGUGGAUUGGCUGCAUUGCUCUUUGUUGCAUGGUGGUCCUGGUCCUGGCCUUCAACUACCUGGGCCUGCUGUGCGGCACGCUGGGCUAUGACAAACAUGCCUCACCUACAACACGGGGCUGCAUCUCCAAUACAGGAGGAACGAUGCUUAUGGCUGGAGUUGGAUUUAGCUUCCUCUUCUCCUGGGUACUGAUGGGAGUGGUGACCAUCAUUUUCCUGGCUGGAGGGAACAUGGAGAAACUUGUGUGCGAACCAUUCCACACCAAAGAGCUUUUCAAGGUUGUGGAUACUCCAUAUAUGAUCAACCCAGAGUGGAAGAACUUCAUCCCUGGCUACAUGUACAACGACUCUGAGCUGAAGUUGACAACAGAGAGCUUAUACAGUACUUGCAAAAAGAACCAAGGCAUCUACUCUGCCAUGCGUCUGGACAAAGUCUUCAAUAUUUCCUCUUACCUGAACACCACAGUGUUCACAAAGGAUGUGGUCAGUCAGCUGGACAGUCUUAAGAUCGACUUGAGAGGCAUAAUCCUGUUGGAGGCAGAGGGAAGGCAGAACCUCCUGGAUUUCUCUGAAGCAGGGCUGUCAGAGAUCAACUACGCCGACUACCUGGAGGAGGUGAAUAAGGGGGUCACUGUAGUGGAUCUACUCUCAUUUGCCAGAGAACUGGAGGCCCAGACAGACCUGAUGCCCAAAAGUAAUCUGCAGUCUGCUCUGAAAGGCCACGUUAGCACUCUGCGGCAGAUCCACAGGCAACAGAUCGUCCCAAUGGAGCAAUCCAUGAAGUAUGUUAGAGCAAGGAGUGCGCUGAACCAGAGUAUGAGGUUCCUGGAAAGAACAGCCUCUGAUCUUCCUAACAAAAUCUUAGCUGUUCUUGAUGCCAUCAAAGCUGCGCAGUUCCUCAUCUCGCAGAACGCUACGCAUUUAAUAAAUCGGGAGUCCAGAAAGUACACCAACACCAUUAUUGGCUACUUUCAUCAAUACAUUGAAUGGGUGAAAACAUCUCUGGCUAUGGAAGUUGCACCAUGCAAGCCCUUCAGCAACAUGGUGGACACGGCAGAAAUCAUGGCUUGCAGUUUCGUGGUUGACUCUAUGAACACUUUCUGGAUGGGCCUGGGCUGCAGCACUCUCCUCCUGCUCCCGAGCAUUAUUCUAGCAGUAAAACUGGCCAAGUACUACCGCAGGAUGGACACAGAGGAUGUUUACGAUGACCCUGAGACAAUUCCCAUGAAAACUAUGGAAAUUGGUAAUAAUGGUUAUCAUAGUGAGCACUUACAAGGUAUUCCUAAUCCUAUGAUGACAAGCAUCCCUACCUAUGAUACUAUGAACAGGUUCCCGCGGGCCUCGGCUCCUCCGAGGCACAUCGACUGGUGACAGAGCCGCCUCUUGUUCUGGCUCCUGAAAGGUACUGCAAAGCUAAUGAAUCAGACAACUGUUUCUCUAACAUGAUUUUAAUUAAUCCUCCUUCUUUCCAGUCUCACAUCUUUCCUUCUCACAGCUGCCAUCUUAUCCUGACGUUCUGUCUACAGUAACUGUGCCAUCGUGCUCUCUCCUGUUUUUGGUCUUAUGUUUUUGUAUUUGUACCCUGACCUAAUUCUCUUACUGUAACACCUCUUUACAGCUUGUUUUAGUGCAUUUCUGCUCACUGAAGAACCAUCAUGUGCCCUCCAAAACUGGAACUGAAAUACGUCAUACUUUUAAUUUCCUAAAUCCUUGGACCAGAUGAGGCUCAGUGAAAGCUGGUUUCCUCACAACAAAAGAACAAUUGCCCUGCAGGCGUUAUCUUCAGCGAUGAACCGAACCUUCUCGGCCUUCAGUACGGUUACAGCCUGCAGGAUAUCAAACUCCUCUCCCCUCAGCAUCAAUCUGAGCCAGGCUUGUUCUGCAUUUUUUGUAAAGGACUGCUUUGUCUGCGUUUACAUUUGUUCAGAUAUGAAACAAAGCAGAAAAAUAUUCAGUGACAGGACAUGACAUUAACUGUGAUGCUUGUUCAUUUUAAUGUGCUUCUUUGUGCUUACGAAAACAAAAGCUGGAAGGUCAGAUGAAGGUAACUGCAAGCAGAGGACUCUUUAUUUUUCCUUCUCCUGCUUCCUGCAUUUAAAAAGAGAUGUGACACUUUCAACUCAAACUAGUGGCAAACUAGUGUGUCAUUACAUCUGUGAUGAAUGCAAAUUAACGAUAACAGCCUGUUAACAAGUGUUGAAUAGUGCAAAUACUUUUUUUUAAGUGCAGCAUGUGUGAAGUGGUGGAUCUGUGGUGUCUUCAUGAUUGAGAAUUUGAGUAAAGUGGUAAAAUAGAGGUUAGGGGGUAUUCCACAAAAACAUUAGUCUCUUUAAAAUGUUUACAAUAUCACAGGAACGUUUAUCUUUGCUGGUUUGAUGCGCAUUACAAAAGACUGGUUGCCUUUGUAUGGAGUUUGAGAGCUGCUACUUUUUAAAAGAGGAAAUCUGCCAACAGCUAAUCUUACACUGCUGAAAAUCAACAAUCUGGGAGUUAUUUGUGCAGUAAAGAUCCAAACUGUACUCUUUUUUUUCCUAGAAUACCUAUCUUCCCGUACCCUGUGUCAUCCACAUCUACAGGUGGCAAUUCCCUACAUUUUUCCAGAAUGUCUUUUAAACAAGUCAUUUGUAUCCAGUGGGGAUGUUAUAUUACUUUAUUUCAAAAAGAUGAAAUGAAAUGUAACAAAGUGAUUCUGUAAUGCUUUCUACUGUGACGAUGAUGUCCGCAGUAUGUUUUGCUCAUGCAUUAUCUUCCCAGGGUGUCUUAACACCGCCAUUCUGUCUGUGACUGCUGGCCUCUUUGAUCCGUGCGAGGUGUUCUGUGGUGUUAAUAUGGAGACGCACUGACUGUAAUAUUUGAUACUGAGGGACCAGGAUAUUAAUCUUUAUUAUGUGGGAGGCAAGGUGGUGACGAUGUAAAUUACAGGUUUUCCAGUGUUUGUGUUUCAUGUCCGUUUUGUUGUCAUUUUACGUUCACCUUCACUGGGUGCUUGGUCGGGUUUAGGCACGAGAACUAGCUGGUUAUUUUUAGGAAAAAUUGGCAGUUUUGAUUAAAAUAUUCCCCUUAACAACGCUGCAACUUGAAAAAAAUGAUAUUAAUUGGACUCUUGUAAUUAAGAGUCCAUAUAGCAACACUCAUCUCACUAUUAGCCGGUGCGUCUCAGUACUAACGUCCUACAUUCAAAAUGUGCAUCUCAGACAAAAUUACUGUAUUUGAUGCUCUGGGAAUAAGAUUGCUCCAAUUCAAAUUCUGAAUAUGUUUUAAUCUUUUAGGUUUUAAAUGCUUCCUGAUGGGUCAAUGAAACCUCAUAGAUUAGGUAAGCUGGUUUUUUAAUGGUACUAUGGGGCAGAAAUGUUGGGGCUGACCCCCCACCUCCUCGGCCCUUGUUUUGAUAAUCAUUUCUGGAUAUCUCAGGUAUACAAGAACCUUGAGGAAGUCUCACCCCCAUAUAGCAUGUUACUGAUGUGGACAGACCUUCAGCACCAUAAAACAAAAUCACACCAGUUUUUUUCCAACAGUGUAAGCUUUUUUUUAGGUGGAUUUUCCCUUUAAAUCAUAGACUAAAUUCAAAACACAAACAGACAAAUGUCUGGCUUUUAGGUUCCCUGUGUGGCAGAUUGAAUCCUUUGUCACAUGGGGCCAAGUUUUGUUGAGUUCACUAACAUAAUAUUUUUAUUAUGAUUUGUUUUUUCGUAGUGGUGAUACUUUUACAGUGGAGAAUAAUUCUCAAGCCAAAUCUUUUCUUUCUUUCUUUCUUUCUUUCUUU